AUGCGAAGUGUGCAGGAGGCCCAUAUGGAAAGCUCAGUGCAGACUUCCCUUAAUGAAGACCAGCAUAUUUCUUCUUCUUCUUGUCGUUCAAAAGCCACUGAUAAUUCUGAACCAAAUGAAGGACAAGAACCAACCACUCCUUCAACAGCUAAAAGGCCUCUUCUUAACCAUGAAUUGGGAUCUUUCGUUGCCGUCCGUAUAAAGUAUGGAGAAGAAGAAAAUGAGCAUUCAAUUCCUGCCAACUGUGCAACAAUGGGGAAUAAAAGAUACAUUAAAAAAUCUGUUGAGUUAUAUCAAGCUGCUUUAAAGGGAGAUUGGAAGACUGCCAAUAAAAUAUUUGACGAAGAUCCAUCAUGGUCCACGAAGAAGAUAACUUCAAAAGGGAAUACGGCCCUCCAUAUUGCUGCUGCUGCAAAGCAUAUUUCUUUUGUAGAAGAGUUGGUUAAGCUUUACUCUUCAAAUGACUUUGACUUAGCUAUAACAAAUAUAGAUGGACGCACUGCCCUUUCUUAUGCCGCUGUAUCAGGAGUUGUAAGGAUCGGUAAAGCAAUGGUUGACAAGAAUCCCAAUCUUCCAAAUAUUGAUGAUGGUGGUGAUCUUAAGUGCAUCCCAGUUUUGGCCGCUGUAGUUUACAAACGCAAAGACAUGGCUUCCUAUCUUUUCUCUAACACUGAUUUUGAUGCUUUAUCUCCUGAACAACAAUUUGAACUUCUCUUAGCUACAAUCGACAGUGAUUAUAAUGAUAUAGCAUUGCAUAUUCUGGAAAAGAAACCUAAAUUAGCAAAGGAGAUGGUGAACAAAAAUGAUGACACGCCUUUGCAUAUACUAGCCAGAAAGCCAUAUGCCAUCGGUAGCAGCAACGAGCUUAGCUUCUAAAAGCAUAUAAACUCUUGCUUCAACGGGAUUUACAAAACAGCUGUAAUGCAGACAUUAGCCCAUCAAGUUGUUGAACGUCUAUGGGAUUCGGUUGUCGAGGAUCUUUCAACACUGAAGCUAGACGAGUUCAGAAUAAAUCUCUCAAGUUUAUUGCACGAUGCAGCAAGAGUUGGAAAUGUUGAAUUCUUGAUAAUACUCAUUCGCUCCUAUCCCGAUUUGAUAUGGAUAGUUGAUGAGGAUAAGAAAAGCAUAUUUCACGUAGCAGUUGAAAAUCGACAAGAAAAUGUGUUUAGUCUUAUAUAUGAGAUAGGAGGGCUGAAGGAUUUCCUUGCCCAUGGAUACAAUGAUAAGGAUAAGUUUAACAUUCUACGCCUAGCUGGAAUGUUGACAUCUCCAUAUCACCUUAGCAGAGUGUCAGGGACAGCUCUACAAAUGCAACGAGAGCUUUUGUGGUUUAAGGAAAUGGAGAAAAUCAUUAUCCCAUCCUAUUAUAGUAUGAAAAUAACAGAAGACCAUGAUCAUGCUGGUCAAACACCUCGUGAACUCUUCACAAAAGAGCACAAACACCUACGGAAAGAUGGGGAGGAGUGGAUGAAAAACAGUUUGCACAUGCUGGUGGCAGCUUUAAUCGCAACGGUGGUUUUUGCAGCGGCAUUCAUGGUUCCAGGAGGCAAUGACGAUAAGGAUCACAUUCCUAUUUUCCAACAAAAUCAGGCCUUUACAGUGUUCGUUAUAUCAGAUGUUGCAGCUCUGGUGACAUCUACAACAUCUAUACUCACAUUUUUAUCAAUUUUGACGUCACGCUAUGCAGAAGAAGAUUUUUUGAUAUGGUUGCCAAGCAAGUUAUUGUUUGGGUUAGUGACACUAUUUGUUUCUAUAAUAUGCAUGGUAGUGGCUUUCAGUGCAACCUUCUUUAUUGCGUAUCAUAAAAUAAAGGUGAAGAUUACAUUGAUCGUUGCAGCAGUGACCAUCUUUCCAAUUGCCUGUUUUUGUAUGUUUCACUUGCUCAUUGUAGAUAUAUUGCGGUCAACUUAUUGGCCUCAAUGUUCUUUGAGAAAACACAAGAAAAGUCUAUUUUAG